GUGAUUGAAACAAUGUCAUACAAUGAAAAAAUUGCAAAGUUUUUAUCUUUAAUGGGAUCUUUUUAUGAAAUUGUAUCACCUGAAGAUUGUGAAGCAGAAUCUGAUCAGAAAGCAAUGUAUAGUCAGUGGUCUGAAGAUAUUAUUCCAUCUGCUGUUAUAGAAAACUAUGAAUCUCGUACUAUAUCUGAUAUGUAUAACAUAACUAGAAGAGAAAGACAACUUGACUUCUCAACAGAGAAAGAAAUUGAAGGCAUUGGACAUUUAGCUAAUAAAUCUAGUCUGAAUCCCCAAAGUGUAAGAAGCAAUGCACACCAAGUUACGAGAGAAAAUUUUCAACGAAGUUACUCACAAUCUUCUUUGUCAUCAUCAACUAAUUCCAGUAGUGACGUUUCAAAUUUUGAUCUCCUUUCUGAUUUAUCAGAUGUUGAAUCACAGGUUGUGACUGAAAGAGAUAACGUUCAUUUACUUCAAAGUAGGCAAAAUUCCCAGGUGUCUCAUUGUCCAACUCAUAGUGAUAUUUUUAUUCUCACUUUUAUCAAUUUACAAAGUUCUAUGAAUGAUAUUUUGGAAAAGAUGGAAAGCCUAAACACUUUAGCUAAUGAGGAAAACCAAGACAAGUGUCAAUAUAAUUCAAACUUUGAAAAUGAGUCUGAUUUUAGCUUGAAUUGGACUGGCACUGUAUUUGCUCUUUUGUGGCCUGUGGUUGUGGAAGUAAUCUUAGAAAAUUUGAUGAUGUAAAAGAUACUGUGAACAUAUUAUGCGGAGAGAGAAAAGCAGUUAAUAACCCUACUGCUUCAAAUAGACUUUGAAAGAGUUAGAAAGGGAAGAAUGACAUUAUAUCAGGAAAAAAAUAUCUGAAUUCACCAGCCUUUUU